UUAGUUUGUGGUCAGUCGGCUAGGUAAUGUCACACUUGGUUUAUUAUUGGCCACUGAUGCAGCUCCUUUAUUAAUAUCAGUGUUUGUCAUCCAUCCAAAACCUUCUCAGUUAGAAGGAGGCAAGUCCAUGACACCAUGAGUCCUCCAGUGCUGCCCAGAGUCUUCUGCUGUUGUCACAGGAAAAUCUGGCUGCAUUCAGCAACGAGAAGCGAACACUUCUUCGUUUGUCACCCUGUUAUUACCUGCCCCCAGAUGAUGCUAUGGAAGGACAAACAUAAUGAAUAGAUAUACUACCAUCAGGCAGCUUGGGGAUGGCACCUACGGCUCAGUCAUCCUUGGCCGCAGUCUGGAAUCAGGAGAACUAGUUGCCAUAAAGAAAAUGAAAAGAAAAUUCUACUCCUGGGAAGAAUGCAUGAACCUUCGUGAAGUCAAGUCCCUAAAGAAACUCAACCAUGCAAAUGUGAUCAAACUUAAGGAGGUAAUUCGAGAAAAUGAUCACUUGUACUUCAUAUUUGAGUACAUGAAGGAAAAUUUAUAUCAGCUUAUGAAAGACAGGACUCGGUUGUUUCCUGAAUCUGCUGUAAGAAAUAUUAUGUUUCAGAUACUACAGGGGCUCGCGUUCAUUCAUAAGCAUGGGUUUUUCCACAGGGACAUGAAACCCGAGAAUCUUCUGUGCAUGGGCCCAGAGCUGGUGAAAAUAGCUGACUUUGGGCUUGCCCGUGAGAUCAGAUCUCGGCCACCAUACACAGACUAUGUCUCGACUAGAUGGUACAGAGCCCCAGAGGUGCUCCUCAGAUCCACAUCCUACAGUUCACCCAUAGAUCAGUGGGCAGUCGGCUGCAUCAUGGCAGAGCUUUAUACCCUCAGGCCUCUUUUUCCAGGUUCCAGUGAAGUGGACACCAUAUUCAAGAUUUGCCAAGUCUUGGGUACACCAAAGAAGAAUGACUGGCCGGAGGGAUACCAGCUGGCAAGUGCUAUGAAUUUCCGUUGGCCUCAGUGCGUUCCCAGUAAUCUGAAGACACUGAUCCCAGAUGCUAGUCCUGAAGCCAUACAUCUGUUGACAGACCUGCUCCAGUGGGAUCCUAAGAAGAGACCAGCUUCUGUCCAGGCUCUCAGGUACUCUUACUUUCACGUGGGCCAGGUUUUGGGCACUCCUCAGCAGAUCCUGGAACAGGGUCGACCUCAGCCGGGUCUUGUGCCACACCAAGCAACUCUACAGUCACAACAGACUGUGCAGCAGCAACCCCUGCUACUUAAGCCUGUGCCGCCCUCCCAGCCACCACCUCCCAACCAACACUGCCCCCCCUCCAGGCCUCAACAGCAGAUCCCACCCUCCGCUGUACCCGCAGCAGCCCAGGCGGCGGUGUACCAGUGGCACACAGGGCUGACCCGAGAGCAGCAGCCGAAGCACAUGCUGAAGCAGGAACAGACAGAAGGGACGCCACAGAGCCAUCUUCCAUACAUUGUAGACAAGAGUCUACAGAGCAAGCAAACGAGGCAGGAGAUGGAAAAUGCAAACGUACUGAGCUAUCAGUUGAAGCCUAAAGCAGGGAGGCGGCGUUGGGGCCACGGCACAGGACACCUUAAGGGUGAAGACUGGGAUGACUAUGAAGAAACCGAUCUGACAACCAUAAGUAUUCUUGGAAAAACUAACUUCUCCACAGAGAAGUCAAGGCAGGGGGAGGACGCCCUGAGCAGAUAUGGAGAUGUUCUGAAUUUCAGUCAACCCAGUGGAAAAGAAGAUGCGCCUUUAAAUCUGAACAAGACUACAGCCUACCAAGAGACGUCAAGAACUGCCUCUGCUAAACAGCAUUACCUGAGGCAGUCAAGAUAUUUACCUGGCAUUAGUACCAAGAAGAAUGUGACCGCAAACUCCAACAAAGACUUCAGUGGAAGCCAUCUUUGGAGCAACCGUAGUAUUCCUUUUGGAGGGACUCUACCGAGCAGAGGGGCUCAUGGUUCAAAUACAAUCCCUGGUGGAUACAUGCCAUCGUUACACAGAAAAGACCUGGGUUCUGCUGGUCACAGAGGGCAUCAGGGUCCUACACUGGAAUCAACAGCAUCAAAUUAUGCAACAUGGCGGUCUGGCCGAAGUCAGAUGAACACCUCCACCAACAUGCCAUUGGCCAAUAAGGGCACCUCUGGUCUGUUUCCACGGCCGCCGAUACAGACCAUCCAUGGGCGAACAGACUGGUCUGCCAAGUAUGGACAUCGGUAGUGGCCUUCCUGGAUCUCUGAUCUGUGGCCUGGAAGACAGAUCUGCACUCCUAAGAACUCUUUCACCUCCAAAGAGUAGGCCUAGUUGUUUUAUAAUCCAAAUCUGUACAUACAUCUUACACAGCAAUAAACUGGGUUCUUUAUGUGUACUAUG